AUGUUGAAUACUAACGCAACAACUCAAUAUGGAAAUUCUUUGCUCUAUAUGCUUCCACCUGGUGAGUUAAGUAUUCAGCCUUAUUGGAUUUUUGGCAUACAAAUGCUAAUUAUUCAAAUCAUUCAACGAACUUGGAACUACUGUAAACAUAAAACAUUUUUUACGGGCUUAGAAGAAUACUUUCUCGAUGACAACCGUCAUCGCAUGGAUAUUGACAUCCUUGAUUUCUUGUUACUCUUACCGCAAUUUGCUCACUUUAUUUGGUAUUGUUUUCAACAACCAAAAUGCAUGUCCUACCCAAGUGCUACAAUAUGGAAAUGCUACAAUAUAUUUGGAUACAAAAUGGCAAAUUUUAUCAUACCACAAUGCUGGAAUUCUUUUACCAAUGUUAUACCUAAACUAUUUGACUCACCUAGUACUAGCAGCUGGGAAAAAUAUUUAAAGGGUCCCGUUAUAACUAUGAAUUCUAUACUUGUUGUAGUAUCGCUAGCAUAUAUCUUUACAAACAUAAUACCAAUGUGCGGUGCUUAUGUAUGGAUAUUUAUUAUUUACCUUAUUUUUGUUGGAGUGCUCGGUGGGAUUAUUCUUUCUUUUCCGGAGAGUCGGCGGGAAGAAAUGACUCAUCCAUUGCGCUAUCAUCAGGAUCAUCAAAGCAAGACUGAGAGAUUUUUACAUGGAUUUAUUUACACAAUCAUCUUUGUACUCGGAUUCUACAUCGCACCGACGAUGUAUAACUACUCACAGUAUUUGUAUUUCGGUGAUACAUACCUUCAUUCAAUCGUUGCAGAAUAUCGGUCUCGUAAUACUGAAUUGUAUUUGGAGGACUUAAAAGUCACUGAGGCUAUAGGUCAUUUGACUUUAUCCCCAUUGAUAGAUUUAAUACUCAUUCCGAUAUUUGCUUGUCUACGUGGCAAGAUAUAG